AUGGAUCAAGAUUUUGAUGAGGGUAUUGUGGUUCUUAAACCAUCAAAAACUACUUCUGCAACAAGUUCAUCAGGCCCAUUAAAAAAACCUUCACUUUCACUAAACCCUUUGGAUCUUCUUUAUAUGUUUUCUGGCAAACGUAAACGUGCACCAUCAUCCAAGGAGGUAGCUACAGAAAUUGGGAGACUUGAAAAACUGACGGGAAAGAUGGCUAUUCAACAAAAACGCGUCAAUGAUAUUCUACGCGAUUGGGGCGCCGAGUUGCCAGAGCCCGAGUCGCGCGAACUUACCAGCAACAUGCACAAUUUACUUUCUGGACCCCUUGUGGUGUAUAAUGAAUUGCAAUCAAGAUUGACCACGAUUCACUCUAACUUUGUGGACCUGAUUCGCAUGGAAGAUCACAAUGCGCGUAUGGAAACCGAACUCAAGGCGACUCAAAAGUUAUACUACAAGGCCAAUUACCGUGACUUCCCUCCAUACCAGAUUGACUCAUACCAAGCAUCAUAUGAAAGCAUUUGUGCCGAAAUUGAUGAACUCCAUCUACGCCAUCGCAACCGGCUUGUUUUUAUGAUGAAGCAAUCAUACCAACUUUUGCUCCAACAAAUGCUAGAUUGCCACCAAACCCAAAAGGUGUGUGCUGAAACUGGUAUUCGCUUUUUGGCUGGGUUUGAUGCAGAACCAAGAGACGUACUUCCGGAAGGAUACCCGGCGUAUUCAGCUCAGUACUCUGCAGAAACUCAGGAUUCUUCUGGAGUUACAAAUGACGACAUGUCUGCUGGUAUGCGCAAUGGCACUCGCCGGUUACGAAGUUUGAUGCGAGGAGGAGGCGGAGGAGGACAUAAUAGCGGUGGCCAUGGAAGUGCAAUGAUGGGGGUAGCUGGUAAUGAGGAUCCUACAAUAACAUUAUCAGCGCUGGCUCUUUCGCCAGCACCACAAAUGCACGCACACUUACAAAUUGACGAAAAUGAGGGCGAAAAUGAGCGAGGAGGAGGAGGUGUUCGUGGUGAUGGAGGUGGUGAUGAUGUGAUGGGCAUGUACCGCCGUAACAUGACGACACAAGCGCUGGCCCAUAAUGACGCUAAUGUGCCUCAUUAUCGUGGCAUUGGGGAUUGUCAUAAAGAUGAAGAUGAGGAUGAGGAAGAAGACGAAGAGGCCAUCAAGCCUGUUGUGGUUCCGUCUUUGCAAUCCUAUCCCGGACCAUAUUCAGGUUUUCGAUGCUAA